UCCACUCGCAGUGAAGCCCGAGGAGCCUCCUCGACCCGGCAGGCGCUCGGCAUUCUGGGACAGCUUUGCUACCAACUGGGCUGCCAAGAAGCAGGGGGAAGCUGUGGCGGCUGCAGCAGCAGGUCAGUGUGAGGAGGUGGUGGUGAUGGAGGCCACAGGGCACGAGAACCAGGUCGGCCAGGUCAACGAGGGAGAAGAGAGCCAAGGAGAUGGAGGAGGAGGAGGGAGGAGCAACAACAGCUUCUCCAAAUACAUGUCGCUGGGAGGAGGCAGCAGCAGCAGCAGCGAGGAGGCGUCCUUCAAGUGGAACUUUGUCACCAGCAAACUGGCAGAGCUGAAGACCAAGACCAACUAGCUGCAUUAUACUAGCUGUAUUUACAUCAUAUCAAAGAGUUAAGCAGGUGCAGAUUAUUAGCACUUAGUGCUAAAACCCUCAACUAUCCCUUUAAGACAGCAUGCAGUCGAGUAAUAGAUAUGUUAUUUUCAGUGAUGUUCCCACAAACACAGGCUUCCACCAGCAAACUCGAUCUAAUCUGUCAUUAAAUUAAUAGAGGAUUAAGAGAUUAAAAGGUGGUAAUAACUGGAAUUUUCCAAGGAUAAUAUCAGUAAAGAACCUGCUCAGCAGAUGGGGAUUAUACAGUGAAAACACAAAUAUUCUCUCAAACAUCAGGGAUGAUAAGAUUGUGUGCGACACGAUGAUUUAAGUGACUUGGACUUUCUGAUUGUGACUUUUCCUCAUUUUGUGACACGAGACAGUGUUUUUAAGAUCAUUCAGUUCAUUUCCUGCACUUUUUUCGGUUUUACUUUGUUGUAUGUUGAGUUUUGGUUGUUUUCUGGUUGU